UGGUGUACAAUAAUAUAUCAUUCUGCAUGUAUACACCACCAAAGCAUAUAAAUUUCUUUAAAAACUGUUUUUUUAAGCAUAAAUCACAGGACAAAUUUUCCCACAGGACUUCGCACGGACGUGGAAAGAGGAAUUCUGAUUUAACAAAAGGCAAAAGAUUAUAUAUGUUAUUUUAUAUGCCUGUUUAUUCUCGAUGUGAAUAUAAUCUCUGUUGCAAGUUGUGGUUUUAUAUAUGACACAGAUUUGAGCAUAUGGGACCAGCUGGUGUAAUAUAUACGUACAUUUUUGUUGUGUUUACCUGCUUGUGACGAUAAUAGUCGAAUAUGGAGGAAGAUUAUGACGACGAGGAGGAGAUUCUCCUUCCCGUGGAGAAGCAGUUUCACGAGGCUGCGAGGACAGGGGACCUCGCGCUGGUAGACUCCCUGAUCGCACAGAAGAUCAAUGUCAACUGCAUGGAUGAGCGUGAUCGUACAGCAUUACAUCUAGCAGCAGCUCAAGGCCAUACUGAUGUCAUUGAAUCACUCACGGAUGCUGAUGCUAAAAUAGAAGUACCAGAUAAGUUCGGAAUGAACGCCCUCUUGUGGGCGACGUGGUUUGGGAAGCACGAAUCCAUGAAGUCUCUCGUGAGGUCAGGCGCCAAUGUCAAGGCAGAAAAUAAGCAAGGAAUGACGAUCGUCCACUGUGCUGCAUCACGGGGACAUCGUAAUGUCUUGGAGUACAUCGUACGGGAACUCCUCGAUGAGGACCCAAUGGAUAGUGACUACGAAGAGGACGAAAGCGGCGGGGGCAUCUCUCUAAAUGCUGUAUCCGGCAAGAUGACUGGGUUGUUUAGUGCAGCCGGCAACAUGAUGGGCAACAUUGGCAACCUGGCGACGGGCAAAAAGGGAGAAGAGAAGAAGAAGACGAGAAGUGUGGACUCCUUCGUGGAAAAGAAAACAGACAAGGCAGAUGGUGGGAAGUCACCCCUUCACGUGGCGGCAGAGCACGGACAAGUCUCGGCGCUAGAGUACCUGGCCAAAGUAAAGUGCAACAAAUUCGCCAGAACAGGCGACGGUUCUACAUCGCUCCAUCUCGCGGCGGGAAAUGGACAUGUUGAUAUGGUUUCCAAGCUACUCGAGUAUGAACUUGAUAUCAACAUCAGAAAUGAGGAAGGGAAAACGCCAUUGCUGAUGGCUGCUGAAUCCGGUCAUGCUAGUAUCGUCGAGCUAUUACUAUCCAAGGGAGCCGAUGGCAACGCUCAAGCAAACGAGAGAGCGAAAAGCAUGUCGGCGGCCCAUCUGGCAGCGAAGAAUGACCACCCUUCAGUUAUCAAAGUACUUGCGUCGAAUAAGUGUAAUCUCAAUAGCAAAGGGAUGCAUGGGAACACUCCUCUACAUGUUGCCUCCACGCUGGGUCACAUAGAGAGCGUCAAAACCCUUCUUUCAUGUCGGUGUAAAGUCAACGUAAUCAAUGACAAAAGAAGAUCGGCUCUUCACGAGGCGACUGAGAAUGGACUGGCAGAUAUUGUGGAACUUCUUCUUGUAGCUGGCAUCAAUGUACAGAUCCAAGACAAGAAUGGAAAGACUGCCUUAUCAAUGGCGGCCAGAGCAGAUAAUAUCACCAUUGUCGAUAUGAUUAUUAAGGCAGACAGGUACUUCAUAAAGCACAAGAGGAGACCAGGGGCGAUCCCCGAUCUGAACGUCCUCCAGUUCCGCAAAGAGGACCCCGACAUCGCGGAGGUCAUGCGUCCUAUCUGCUACAAACUUGCCCAUAAACAACUCGCUAAGGAUGACUGCAAGCGACUCUUCUACUACUGGGGUUUUAAACCUGAACACAUAACAGCCAUCGAAACACAAGAAACAGGUAAGCACUCAUGGAAGGAACAUGGGUACCGAAUGAUGUUGAUUUGGUUACAUGGUCUCGAGGAUAACCCUAUUAAGGAACUCUACGAAGGGCUUACCAACAUAGACUGCAAUAAAUUGGCUGAACAAAUUCGGGCCAAAGAGAAUAAAAGAGCAGAGGCAAAUGGAUCCAAUUGUGUGCUUUCUUGACCACUCAAUGAAGGACAUUUUCUGAUUUCAUUGUGGCGCCCGGGCUAUCAUUAUUGUGAUCUUUGGCGUCAAAUGAACAACUUACUGAUGAAAGAAUUGGAAGCGAAUGUCAGCAGUAAAAGUUGAUUAGAUGAGGUUCUUUAUCCAGAUAUUUCAAGGAAGUGAAAACUUCGAGAGAGGCAUGUGAACCGUACUUCGAAUACAAUAUACACCAACUACCAUGACUCCUGAAAGGUUUCAUGAAAGGUUUCGUGAAAUCAUCAUGUUCGUCAUGAUUUCCGUAAAGACGUUGGUGUUUGGGGAGAAUAUGGUGAUUUUAAAGAUUAAAAAAGAAUAUACUGUAUACAUUAAUAUUCACCUGAAUAUGAUAUCACGUGUGAAUAAUGCAGUAUUAGGGGCUUCAGUAAAUUAAUGCAUAUAACCCACAGUAUUGUGUAAGAAGGUCAACCGUUAUUCAUUUUAAUAUUUAAUUGCUGAACGUUUAUGUAUUUAUUUAGGUAUUUCUAGAAGUAUAGAGUAAAGUUAUGCUUGUUCACUAGUUAUGUACUCUAAAAAGAAAUAAGAAGGGCCUACUAAAUCAGAACUUUAGGGGUUUAUUCAGUGACUGCACUUCCAGGGCUCCGUAACACAAAGAUUAGCGAUCAAUAGCUAAAUGAACUGACCAAUCAAUAUCAAUGUCACACGCGCAUUCGGUUUAAGAUGCUGACCAGGGACCAAUCAGUGCGCUUCUCUCAUAUUUGCAAUCCAUCGCAAACCUUUGUGUUACGGAGCCCUGGUGUUGAUUUGAUUUGCAGCACCGCGGGUGCUAAAACAGCAUGUGACGUGCUAUGUUUGAACACCCAAGGUGCUGUUUUAUCACUUUAGAAUCUCAAGUGCUGAAAAUCACCAACGGACGUGCUGUCAAGAUAUACGAGUUCCCUAAAUGCUGAAUUAGCACUUUUUUAAAAGAGUGUAUACAAACAAAAGAAAGAUAUGAGAAGUUUGGGUCGACAGCCUGAGACAAAAGUGGUCUUCAAUAUAAAAGAAGGAUCUGUCUCUUCAGAAUCUAGUGGGAAAUCAAUCUUCUGCGCAGAUCCACCAUCGCGACCGUCUCUUUCUUUAUUACGUCACUAUCCAAGAGGAAGGCGCGGAUUGAGUUGCACUAUCUUAUUAGACGACUCCUGAAGAUGUGGCGCAACGUACGUGCAUAAAAAAGCGCCAUAUUGUCAAAACACUGGGUCCUAGUUCACAUUCAAAGGUGAACCAGAUACCAUAUUGUAACCGACCUCUCCACAAAUAUGAAUAAUUCAAUUCCAGAGGGUCCUAAAACCAUUUUUUACGCUUACAAAUGAAAUGUAACAGAUUUUUGUAUCUUUAUCGGAGUAGGAAAUACUAGAUUGAGGUGAUGUAACAUAAUCAUUUAUUCAAACUUUAGACAAAUACUAAUAUUUAUUGGAAGACAGGUAGAUACUCAAGGUGAGUGUGGUUCAGAUAAAGAAAGAAAACAAAGCUACAUUGAUCUCGGGGUGGAAAGGGAUGGGUCCAUUUCAAAUUACCAAAGAUUUACAUAAACCCAGGAACAUUUUUCAAGCUUAGGCCUUUACAUGAACUAAGUUCCUUUUAACCCAGUUAUGUUAGUCGUCAGAACAUUCAAGUCCAUUUACCCCUCCUAAUUGUCUGAAAAGUAUUUUUUUAAAUGCCUAUAGAGUCUUUUCAAUAUUACACACCCUCCUCGAAAAAAAGGAUUCGAAAUUAUUUCGUGCUCUUUGCUGCUGUAUUGCGACACCUGGGCCACUUCGUCAUCAUGACUCUUAGUAUUAAAAAUAAAUGAAAUUUGAGAUAAAUGAAAUGUUGCUCAAAUACAGCAUAUCCUUCGAGAUUUAUCAAAGAAUUUUAGCAUUAAAAUUGAAUCGAGAAUUCGGUUAGUCCCUUACUACGUUCCACCUGGAUUAGUGAAUUAAGAAUAAAUACUAAUACAUUUUAUAAUAUUCAUCUCAUAUUGAUAUUUUUGAGUGAAAUUCACAUUUCUGCUGGCUGGUUGACCGCUUUGAUAAUCAUUGCAAUAGUGUGUGUUGCUUAUCAUGAUUACUGGAAAAUGAAUGAUGAAUGAUGGGUGAGUUGUGCUCAAAAGUUUGUGGACCCCACCAAAAAAUACACUCCUUCAUGCCGAGAGUGGAAUGUAGACAGCAGCACUACAGUCAUGACAAUGUUCGGCGAG